AAUCAUUAUACUGGUGCCCAAUGCUCAUGUGGUGCACAGUCUGUGACACCCUGUUCCUUCUUUAUUUUUUCCUUACGUUUUUUUGAAAAAUUAAUUUCAAUUGAUUUGGUUGCCAACAGUUUAUCAUUUCUUUCUUUUUCUUGUUCUGCCUUUUAUUUUAUUUUCUGCUCAACCAUCGCCUACUUUAAGCUUCAUCUCCAUGGCUACUGAUCUCACCCUACUUCCACUCUCUCCUGCUUCUGCACCCGAUCAGUCCACUGACAACCAGGUGAACGAACGAGUUAACCAAUUACCUACUUCUGAUACAGACCAACACAAAACAGAGAACCAACUGGAGCCAUCCAUGGAUGAUUCUAUCAACAUCUCCCGCCUAAAGCUUAAAGAAGCUGAAUCUUUAUGCUCGUCCAACCAAGCUUUAGAGAAUUCCACUGGAAAAAAUGAACCCAAGGAAGCUGAUCCAACUGAGUUAAAAGAGGAUGCAACUGAACCUCCUCUUCCUACUCAUCUUCCAGAUAAAAAAGACAAGAAACUGAGUGCGGCGGAUCAUCUUACAAUUGAAGAUGAGAGCAGCUGCAAAAAUGUCAUGGAAAAUAACGAUAAACCCGCUUUCGCUGAAACCAAUCAACAUCCUGUGACUGCAGCUCCACUUGUUCAACCAGUUAUGGAAUCCACAGGUUCUGAGUUAGAAGUUAAAGACAAACAAAAUUCAGAAGCCUGUGCAGAUAAGUUGGCUACUCAGGAAAUAAUUGAAGGUGAUGAGAGUAGUGCUGCAGAAGACAAUAAGGAGGUGGAGAACGAAAACGAAGUUAAAGAAAAACAGAAUUCAGAAGCCUCUGCAGAUGUGUUGGUUACUCAGAAAACAAUUGAAGGUGAUGAGAGUAGUGUUGUAGAAGACAUUAAGGAGGUGGAGAAAGAAAAAGAAGUUAAAGAAAAACAAGAUUCAGAAACCUGUGCAGAUGUGUUGGUUACUCAAACAAUAGUUGAAAGUGAUGAGAGUAGUGUUGUGGAAGACAAGGAGGAGGUGAAGGAGAAAGAAGUUGAAGAAAAACAAAAUUCAGAAGCCUGUGCAGAUGUGUUGGCUACUCAGAAAAUAGUUGAAGUUGAUGAGAGUCGUGUUGUAGAAGACAAGGAGGUGGAGAAGGAAAAAGAAAUUAAAGAAAAACAAAGGUCAGAAGCAUGUGCAGAUGUGUUGGCUACUAAGAAAAUAAUUGAAGGUGAUGAAAGUAGUGUUGUAGAUGACAAUAAGGAGGUGGAGAACGAAAAGGAAGUUAAAGAAAAACAAGAUUCAGAGGCUUGUGCAGAUGUGUUGGCUUCUCAGAAAGUAAUUGAAGGUGAUGAAAGUAGUGCUGUAGAAGACAAUAAGGAGGUGGAGAACGAAAAAGAAGUUAAAGAAAAACAAAAUUCAGAAGCGUGUGCUGAUGCGCUGGUUACUCGGAAAAUAAUUGAAGGUGAUGAGAGUAGUGCUGUAGAAGACAAUAAGGAGGCGAAGAACGAAAACGAUGAUAAAACACCAGCUGCUCUACAUGAAGAUAAGGACGAAGUAGAAACUCUGGAUCAGGUUGUCCUAGAAAUUGUUUCUGAACCUAUUAAAGAGUCUGAGAAGAAGGAGCCUGAGUCGACAGUCAAAGAAAAAGAAGCUGUUGAAGUCAGUGUCAUGGAGCCGGCUACUCAAGUUACUGAUAAAACAAUUGAACCCUCUGCGGAAGACAAGAAAGAGGGAAAUGGCAUAAAAGACGAUAAACCCACAUUAUCUGAAACGAGCAAGGACCCAACUAUUAUUGAACCACCUAAACAGUCAGACAAGGAGCCUGAGUUGAAUGUAUAUGUAUCGGCAGGGGAAGUUUCUAGUGAAAGAACUGAAGGCGGGAGUACUGUUGAAGAUGUUGCACCAGACAAGAAGGAGAUGAAAGAUGAGAAACUGAAUCUAUCUGAAACCAACAGAGAUGCAACUGUUACUGAACCGACUAAGGAGACAAAAGAGGAGGCUAAAUUAGAAGUGAAAGAAAAAGAAAAUAUUGAAGCAAAUUUAGAUGAGGUGGGCGCCGAAGUUCCUAAAGGUGAGGAGAGUGGCGUGAAAGAUUUUACAGAAGUCGAGGAGGCUGAAAACAUAAAGGAUUAUGAUAAACCAGCUCUGUCUGAGCAGGAAGAGAGCCUGAUUCCCACUUCUAAUGCACCCAUUAAAGAGUCCCAAAAGGAAGCGGACGAGUUGGAAGUGAAAGAAAAAGAAAAGGUAGUAGCUGGUGUGGAGGAAAAGGAAACAGAGACUAUAGAUCGAGAAGGAAAAAGGGAAUCCAAGAACAUGGGAAGAGAAGGUGCAGCAAAGCAAAGUUCAAAGCAAUCAAAUAACAUAAUAUCAAAGGUAAAACAGUCAUUUGUGAAGGCUAAAAAAGCUAUCAUCGGGAAAUCUUCCACCCCAAAAACAGUCUCCAAUGAAACCAAGGGUGAAAUUAAGGUGAAAUAAAUGGUAUUUUCCUUGUCCAACUCUCGUAUGCUAUAUUCUUUGAGUGUUUCUUGUUGGUGUUGCUUGUAAAUAACCGUGGACGAGUGCUUUCAGUUCAGGAAAGACAUGAAUAGUUUUGUUACCGCGUGCAACUCAAUAGUGUUGUUAAUUUUGUAAUUUUGUGCUGGCUGCAGCGUGUAUUUCUGUCAAAAUGGGAUUGUAUUUUCAUGUUUGUAUCAUGGAGAUGGAUGAUUAGCUUGUUUUCCUC